GCCAUCAAUAUGGAGACUCUCCCAACUGAGUUGAUUGACACUAUUGUGAGCUGGCUCGAUCUCCGGGAUGUCUGCGCUCUCCGUCUGACUGGACGUACUAUCUCAUCCCACCUAUCCACUGCCGCUAUUCUUCGGAGAUUUUUCUCUUCCAAGAGAUUGGAAAUGACAAAAGCCCCCCUGGAACAGCUGGUUCACUUCACCCAGCCAGGACAGGUGGGCCUCUGGCUUCAACGCCUCACGCUGUAUGACUGUGUCGAGCGCACAGAGCAGUCUGGUGCUAAUUUCGACGCAACCGAGCUACUGGCCCAAGCAUUUGCGAACAUACGCGACCGGCCACCACCUCACCGGGACGAUCAGCUGUCGCUCUCUAUCUCCCUGGAGGUCGACAACUUCUCUACUUGGGACAGGGAUGUCACAGCUCGGGUGUUCCACCCGACGAUCUCCGCCAUCGCGAGGACGGAGAUCCCGAUCCGGGAACUUGAUAUUUUUGGUGACGCUUACGUGCAUGAUCACCACUUCGAAGACGGCCAAUGUAGCUUAGCUUUUAGCGAUAUCGCUCUUGCUCUAUCUCACCACCGGGUCCCCCUGGCAACAUCUUUGCGAAACUGUACCAAGUUCUGCCUAAGUCUAGGCUACUCGACCCGCGGAUUCGAUUUCGAGAGCAGCAACAGCACCCGCAACUUUCGUCUACCGCUGACCGUGGACGAAGCCCGACAGAAUACUCAAUCGCUUUGUGAUCUCCUCAACAUGUGUCCUCUUCUCGAAGAGCUACAACUCGUGUGGGAAUAUGACGAUCUUGAAGAAACGGAUGCGUGCAGAGAAGAAAUCGAGUUCUUCGAUCGGGUAGGUUUAUCCUGCGCAUUUACGAACUUGAAGCGCUGUAAACUGCAACAUAUCUCAACGUCCGAGAACCCAGUCAUGACCUUUUUCCGCCAAUCCCCGAGGAUGGUUGAGUUGACUUUGGAUGGAUUGUAUAUGACGCCCGGAAAUUUCAGUCAUCUCUUCCACUUAUUGUCUACAGCGAUGUCGGACUUGGAUUCUUUACGGCUCCGGUUGCUGACUGACGACUUGGGUAGUCUCUACUUUUUCCACGAACCCAAGGAAAGCACAUGGCACAGAAUGCCAGGAUCUGCUCUACAUGGUAUAAGACGAAGAGGAGCCGACGCUAGAAGGCUGGUGGUACCUACCAACAGAAGACAAGAGUCUUAG